GUUAUCGUUGUAAUCAAUUCGAGUUCUAAAAAAAAAUACAUAGUGGAAGCAGAAAAUACGAAUUUAAGGUGUAAUCAGCACCAGACACUGCCAACAACAAAUGCAUUUGCUGUGACCCCCCCAGGGUGUUGGAGCAGGGCGCAGCGGAGGCGACAAUAAAAGGCCAAAACAAAGGCAGCUGGCAGAGGCAGAAACAGAGCCCGAGCAGAGGCAGAGCCAGAGACAAACCGAAACGUCAUUGGCAGGCAAUUAACGGAAACGAAACGGAAGGCGACGCCCGCGACGAAGGUGGGAAUCUAGGACUCCGCCUCCAUCCAUGCUGGUUAUCCUCGCCGAUCAGCUAACGCGAAUCAUGGAGAGCGUCUUCGAGGCCUAUCUGGGUCCGGACAGCGUCCUGGCCAGUGCCGUAGGCCAGGCGGUGGGCAGCGGCGAGCCAGAGGAUAUACCCAAACGGAACACUGACGUCUGGGUGCUGGGCAGACGAUACAAUGCCAUACAGGAACUAGAAGUCAUCCGAAGGGAUAUACAGUCCCGACUGUGGUGUACCUAUCGCCACGGUUUCAUGCCCUUAGGUGAGGUGCAGCUCACCACGGAUAGGGGAUGGGGCUGCAUGCUGCGCUGCGGCCAGAUGGUCCUCGCUCAGGCCCUUAUUGACCUGCAUUUGGGACGCGAUUGGUUCUGGACACCCGAGUGCCAGGAUGCCACCUACCUCAAGAUUGUAAAUCGCUUUGAAGAUGUCCGCAAGAGCUACUACUCCAUACACCAGAUCGCCCUUAUGGGUGAAUCCCAGAACAAGGCGGUGGGCGAGUGGCUGGGACCCAAUACAGUGGCACAGAUCCUCAAAAAACUGGUGCUAUUCGAUGACUGGUGUUCGCUGGUGGUCCAUGUGGCUAUGGACAGCACUGUGGUCCUCGAUGAUGUCUAUUCACUCUGCCUGGAAGGAGAUGCCUGGAAGCCACUUCUACUUAUCAUCCCCCUGCGGCUGGGCAUCAGCGACAUCAAUCCCAUCUACAUCCCAGCUUUGAAACGCUGUCUCGAGCUGGACAGCAGCUGUGGCAUGAUCGGCGGCCGUCCAAAUCAGGCUCUGUACUUCCUUGGAUACGUCGAAGACGAAGUGUUGUACCUGGAUCCUCACACCACGCAAAAGACGGGCGUGGUCGGCCAGAAGACCUCCUCAGGCGAACAGGAACACGACGAGACCUACCAUCAGAAGCAUGCGGCACGCCUGAGCUUCUCCGCCAUGGAUCCCUCGCUGGCCGUCUGCUUCCUGUGCAAGACCAGUGACAGCUUUCAGCAGCUACUGGAUAAACUGCGCCAGGAGGUGCUGGGCAUGUGCUCGCCGGCGCUCUUCGAGAUUAGCCAGACGCGCGCCGUUGACUGGGACACGGCGGAGGAUAUUGAAUGGCCGACCAUGCCGGAUAUUGACUGGCCGGCCGGCACCUCAGACUCGGACUCGUUUGCCAUAGUGGAAGAGAGCGUAAGAGACGGCGACGCUGCCGGCACCAGCAGCAGCGGCAGCAAACCCAGUGAGAGAGCCGUCGUUUGAGAGAAGCCCCAGUUAGUUGGCUCUCUCGCUCUGCCACGCGACGCCUGCGCCAAAAAGAACAAAAGCAACAACAAUAAGCAAAAGUGGAGCGACAGAGGCAGCGACAGCGAUAGCGAGCGGCAGAGAGCAGAGCCCGGCGGAUGCUGCAAAUGCAAUAAAAUAAGGCUAGAUAGAGAGUGCAAGGUGUAUUCAUAAAGGGGCAAGGCCCAAUGCCCAAUGAGAUUGCUCCUAAAACGUUUGAUGGCUGAGGAGAGCGGUAGAGCCUCACAUUAUAUAUAGUAUGUGUGAAUAUACCUUGGCGAUUGGAUGAGACUUAGUUUAUAAUAUGUUUCCGAUUUGUACGAUUACGAUUCUUUCAUAAUGCUGCUUUAUUGUACGAGUACGAGAUUGACUCCACGGGAGACAAUACACAAAAAACACACUGUUCAUGCUUUUUGAUGAUCAAUUAAACAUUUUUAUGCAACGUUGUA